AUGUCCGCAACGGGGAUCGUCUUCUCCAUCAGAUGGUGUGAGCAGUUCUUUCCAGAUCACCGCAAAACAUUCACAACAUCGCCCUCCAGGGGUUCCAAGACCCCCCUCUUGCACAUCCAUACCAUGUGGCGGUACCCAGCCUCGCCCAACCACAUCUCCGCCCCCACAACACGCUCCUCCACUCCCGACCUCGCUCCGACAACAUCCCGAGACGACUCAGGCCGCCCUUUGCGCCUUGCACCACAAGUGAAUUCUUAUUCCUCACCCAAGAGCAGUGAGGCCGAAAUGGUAAGGUUUGAGAGUAACGUCUCGCGGCAGACUUCGAGUCUUGCUGAGAAGAGAAAGCGCUCGCCUGGACGGGGAAUGAUGCCCAAAACAGGAUCCCCUUGGUUGGCUUCGGAUCAUCAGACCUUGAGUGGGAAUCGGACAGUUACACCAGUGGCGGGCUCUUUAAAUGGGUGGGAUGCUAUACCGGCUGGAGAGGAGUACUAUGGAAAUGGCUAUGAAGUGCCACGCCCAGACUAUGGACAACUACCCGCUGCUGGGUUUACUAGUGUCGAGCAAGAGGUGAACCAAUUGCGGACGAACCUGAAUGAAAUCAUUUCGUUACUGCAAUCAUUUGCCCCGUCAGCUCAACAACCGCGACCACCUCCUCCUCCACUGUAUCUGACGACCCGUUUUACGCGUCUCUCCUCAUCUGUUCACCAAUCCCUCUCCUCUCUGGCACCACACCUCCAUACAAACCUUGCUCCUGGAUUCAUUCCUUCCUUUAUCCCUCCUGCCACUCUCCUUGCUCCCGCUCCCAUCUCCCCAACCGCCUCUACCGCCAAAAAAACAGAUCCCGAGUCUAGUACCGAAGCCCAAACUCGAAGGAAGAAGGUGGAAGUACAAGCAGAAGAACAUAAUUUGGAUCAAACCAGGCUGGAAGAAGAGAUGAGCCAGGCGGAGAGAGAGAUGGAGGUUAUCAGGAAACGACGUGAUAUCCUCAUCGCGCGUGCCCAAGCAGCCGCUGCUGCAGGCCAUAAUAGCGUCGGAGGUCGACCCAACUCGAAACUGCGUCCUCCUGCCACUUCAUCUUACUCGGGUCGCAACGGCAUCAACGGUUCCCCUGGCCUUGGCAACUUCUCGGCCCUCUCGGAGGCCAGCGAGAUUGCCUCGUCGCGGCUGCUACAACAUAGGGGCUUGGGGGAGGACGUCCCUAUCACGGCUAAAAGUUUGUCGUGGGUUGGAAGAUGUCAUGGGUGUGGCAUUGGGGUGAGAGACGGGUGGAGGGAGGGGCCGGAUGGCCCGGAUACACUCUGUGAAUCUUGCGGGGGCCACUAUGAAAGGCUGACGAGGAAGAAAGUGGUAGAGCCAUACAGGGACAGUGAUACAGAGUCCUCAGCAUGA